GGGCGGGGCCAAGGCCCUCCUCCUUCUCCUCCUCCCCCUCCCCCCCGCCGCCUCUAUAAAUGAGGACCGGCCACAGCAUCCUCACCUUGUCUGCUCUUUCCAUCAUCCUUCUGCACACAACAGCUUCCUGCCCAGCACCCAUGGACCCUCAGAACUGCGGCUGUGCCCCUGAUGGCUCUUGUGCCUGUGCCGCCUCCUGCAAGUGUAAAAAUUGCAAGUGUACUUCGUGCAAGAGAAGCUGCUGUUCCUGCUGUCCGGUUGGGUGUGCCGGGUGUGCCCAGGGAUGCAUCUGCAAAGAACCUCAGACUGACAAGUGCAGCUGCUGCCAGUGAUUGCCAGGGGGGAAAUCCUCCUUGUUCUUGUAAAUACUGUAAUUUGUACAAAUCUGGUUUCCUCCACACUGAAAAUUUUCUACUUUUUUUUCUAUGAAAUGUGGUGACGUGUGACUGAAAAUAAAAAUCGGUGAAUAAAACUCCAAAUC